AUGACCGAUAACGAAGAAGUUGCUCCUGUCGCUGCUCGUCCGAUGACUGCCGAAGAACGUCGGCAACGUCGUCUUGCCAAAAUUUUAGGAAAUCCAGAAGAAAGAAUUAAUCGAAUUUUGAAUAAUGGAGGUGAUGAGAACGGAAAAAGACACGCACCGGCUAUCGAAGGAGGUGAAGGAUACAACAUUCUGCCGAAUCCAAGCACCAAUGGGAAUGCACUUACCACGACAGAUGAAGAAGUGGACGCAAUGGUCGAUAACUUCACUGGUUUUAACAGUGGAAUUCCUCCCGGAUUCCCUCCAGAAUUUGCCCAGUUCGCUCAGUUCUCUGGAGCCGGUUUGACUCCAUUAAAUCUAAAUCAAGGACCUCCACUGCCACCUGUAAAAGGAAUAAAUGUUCCACUUGUUGCUGUUAUUCUCGGUCUACUCUCUCGUGCCAUUAUGCUGUUCUCUGGACCCAUAAAUAUAGGAAUUCUCUGGGCUAUCUUCUACGUAACACUUGUAUCUCGAUAUUCGGCUGCUGGACUUAAUAAUCAAACAAGAAACGAACUUGCUGCAGUUUUUCAAGCGAUGGGAUCAGGAAAUGUUCUGGAGAAAAUCAUGAACGCCGGAUUCAAAGUAAUCGAAUUCAUACAGACUACAGUCACAUUCGCAGCCAGCUUCCUUCUCGCUCAUAUGAUACUUGAACUUUACGAUUUUUCUGCUGAUUAUCAGCUUGUCUUUUAA